ACCCCGCGCCGCGCUGUGUGCAGUAGCUUUGGUGCCCGUAGCCAAAGGUGCUGAGUGCGUACAGCCAUUCAUAACAGCGAUCACAAGGGCCGCGUAUUGCGCCGGCAGAUGGGUCUUUAUAGAGGCGCUUUUAUUCUAGCGGAACGUGUUAAGUUGAGCCGGCCGGAACAGGGCGACGAUUCACGUAUCAAAGUAACCUGCGAAUCUGAAGGCGUGAACAAUGAGCCGCACCGAGCAGGACGGCAGACAGCGGUACGCACAGCUGUGGGUGGGGCUGAGGCAGCAGUGGAGGAUGCUGGGAUUGUUUGAGAUUGACCCCCAGCACAAGUAUUACAGCCUCACUUGCAUGAUGAAGGAGGGUCUGUCUGCUGCGGUGCAGGACGCCAUCGACCGGCCGCCUCCAAAUGAGCUGUCUGAAGACGAUUUCAAUAUGGAGGUCACUCGAACACACCAGGGCUUCCAGAUGCAGACCUUUGUGGGGCCGGUGUUCUCCUGCCUGCGCCGUUCCCUGGGCAUCGGCGAGAGGGAAUUCCAGCAGGCCCUGUCUCCGCAGGGAUGCUAUCUGCAGUUCAUCAGCAACUCCAAGAGCAAAGCCAAGUUCUUCCUCACGAAUGACAAGAGGUUCUUCCUAAAAACACAGAGCAAACAAGAAGUGAGGUUCCUCUUGUCGAACCUGAGGAACUACAUGAAGCACCUUGAGAACUACCCCCACUCUGUGCUCGUGAGGUUCCUGGGUGUCCACAGAAUUAAACUUCUCCAUAAAAAGGAGAAAUACUUCGUGGUGAUGCAGAGUGUUUUCCAUCCCGGUGACAGGAUUAUUGCCAGGUAUGAUAUAAAGGGCUGUGAGGUGAACAGAUGGACAGACCCGGCGCUGGAGAAGAGUCAGCUGGUCAUGGUGCUGAAGGACAAGAACUUUGAGGGAAACUUCAUCAAUCUUGGCCACCAGAGCUCCUGGUUGGUCCGCCAGGUGGAGAUCGACACGGCCUUCCUGCGGAGGAUGAACGUCAUGGACUACAGCCUGCUGCUGGCCUGCCAGCGGCUGCGGGCGGAUGAGUGCGGGCGCUCCCUCGCCGUGAUCGUCCAACGAGCCAAAAAGUCGGUGAGCGCAGGGUCUAGUCCCUCCCCCACAGAUCCCCCCACUGUCCCAGGUCCUGCCCCAGAGGACAUCGGCACUGUGCUGGUACCAGAGAUGAGCCCUGGGCACCUCUGCUGUGUCGCGGGAGGAGAGGAACACGUUCCACUAAAGGAGCUUCCGAAACAGCCAGUAGGGAACAGUGCUGACUCGGAACUGCAGGAGUUCUGGGUUCAGCACCGGCGCUUGCUGCCGGACUUUAAGAACCCGCUGCACGUCAUCGACGGGCCAGAGCUACGCUACUUUGUGGGCAUUGUCGACAUCGUCACUGUCUACGACUUCUGGAGGAGACUGGGGUGCCUGUGGAAGUCCCUGCGCUACCCGGGCAAGACGUUCUGCACAGUCAGCCCCUCGGCAUACUCACGCAGGCUCUGCCAGUGGGUGAGGGAGCACACCAAGUAGGGCUGGGAUUAAGGCAGAGGAGCAGGGAGACCGUGACCAGGCCAAUGGUGAAGGCAGAGGAUCAGGGACAUAGUGACAAGGAUAAUGGUGAAGGCAGAGGAUCAGGGACAUAGUGACAAGGAUAAUGGUGAAGGCAGAGGAUCAGGGACAUAGUGACAAGGAUAAUGGUGAAGGCAGAGGAUCAGGGACAUAGUGACAAGGAUAAUGGUGAAGGCAGAGGAUCAGGGACAUAGUGACAAGGAUAAUGGUGAAGGCAGAGGAUCAGGGACAUAGUGACAAGGAUAAUGGUGAAGGCAGAGGAUCAGGGACAUAGUGACAAGGAUAAUGGUGAAGGCAGAGGAUCAGGGACAUAGUGACAAGGAUAAUGGUGAAGGCAGAGGAUCAGGGACAUAGUGACAAGGAUAAGGGAGCAUUUUUAGGAGACCGUCUCCCUUCACACAGGGUUGUCAUCAGGCUCUGAUGAAUUCCCAGCUGUAAAGUAAACAAAUUCUUGGUUUUUGCUUUUAUAUUUCUAACCUAGCACAGUAAUAUUCUUAUUAACCUUGGUCUGUGCUAUGUAGCUUUUAGUCACACAUCACAAAAGCUGAAUGAUCAGGUUUGCCUGCCCUGCAGUAGGCUUCCCUCCACCAUCCUGACUAAAUUAGCAGCUGCCGAAAGAAGGACGCUACAAUGUGCUGCUAUACUCUGCAUUUCUGAGAUAAAAACAAUCCCUUACCAUGUUUUGCCUUCCUUGUACCAAUAAUAUACCGUACAGUGCAUACCCUGUGGGUUAGCUAAUAGCUACUCUUAGCUUGAUUGGCCAAAAUAUAUUUGGUAAAAAACUGUUUUAUGCAAAGUGUUAGUAAUAUAGUGGUGGCCUCCAGGCAGUAUAAAGCAGUUUUAGUACCCGGCCAAUGCAGUGACCCUUUAAGAGGCUGUUGCUGGGGUCAGAGGCUUAGGCUGCUGUGCCUGUGAUAAGAAGGUUGCUGGUUCUAAUCCUGUCCUUGGUAGCAUAGUUACAUGUCCAUGGGACCUUUGAGCAAGGCCCUUAACCCCCCUGAAAUGCUCUAUCAGAACCAGAUAAAUGUCUGACCCAGAAUCCGGACCCCUAGCUUCACUCUCACUGGAGUGUAUGAUAUAUUACCUCACACGUCAGGUGGCAUAAAGCUGAAA